AUGGCUACAAUUGUAGAUGAUUCGAAUUCGAAUUUGUUCUGGUCAGGAUCAUCAUGGAAGACGGAACAUAGUGAUGAUCCAUUGACGGGAAAGUAUUUCAACAGCGGAGAAUACUGUAUCGUAGCAUGGGAGGGAGCAGACAUCUACGUAUAUGGAGCUCGACGUAAGAAUCAUGUGAGCAGGUCGUUAUUGUAUCAUAUAGUAAUAUGCGAUACUGAUUCUUCCUUUGGCCCGAAGGGACUAUACGGAGUAGUGAUAGACGGAGGAGAUAUCCAGUAUUUUUCAGGUUUCUCACAAGAUGGUCAAUUCCAGGCUACCCUUUUCGCUACCAAUGGUCUGCAGGACGGCUCGCACACCUUGAAGAUAUCGAAUGAGAAUGAGAGAAAUCAAGAUCAGUAUCCUGAUUAUGUUUGGUUGGAUAUCGAUUCAGUAGCUGUUAGUGGUACUUUAAUUAAUGCAGAUACGUCUGCUUCUUCGUCGUCUACAGCCUCAUCAUCAGUCACAUCUUCAUCUUCCUCUGGGAAUUCAUCCGAAUCUACUGAUAUAUCCUCAGGUCAAUAUUCAGAGACAGUCUCAUCAGCUACGAUAAUCUCAACAGCUUCGGAGACUCUAAUAUCAAGUAGUCAAUCUCGGUUACCACCCACCGAAGGUCCAGUGGCAUCUCCAUCUGCAGAUCCUUCAGCCACGGCGGAGAAUAGCGAGCAAUCAAAUGAUCGAAAGACAAUCACCCUAGCAAUCUCUAUACCCGUCAUUGUCAUCUCGUCAAUUGUCAUAUUCGUCUUUGUCGGUUUAUAUUUCUAUAGAAGGAGGAAAAGAAGGUAUGAGAGACAAUAUGAUCAUGGUUAUAAUGGGUAUAUGGAAGAGCCUCAAAGUUCUUGGAGAUGA